CCAACGAAGGAAAUACGCGCAAGGAACUCUGGGUAGGACAUCAGUAGGUCAGCCAUAUUGCCCGUCCGUUCUGAAGGAGAGCGAGGAUGAAGGGGUUGCGGGGAAUUAGUCAAUUAUCGACGCGUUCCUAUGCAGCUGCCACAUCAGCGGGAGGAAGUUUAAGCACGCCGUUGGCCGGCCUCAAGCACUCCCCCCGAGCCAAUGCCGACUCCUCAGACGACGUCCAUGUCACGAAGCUGCCCAGUGGUCUGGUGAUAUCCUCCGUGGAGAACUACUCCCCAUGCUCCAAGAUCGGGGUGCUGAUCCGGGCCGGCAGCCGAAAUGAAACCCCCGACAACCUGGGGGUCAGCCACCUCCUCCGUCUCUCUGCUAACAUGACCACCAAGGGUGCUUCUGCCUUCAGGAUCACCCGUGGGAUCGAGGCUGUGGGGGGCAACCUCGGCGUGACGUCAUCCAGAGAGCACAUCAUGUUCUCUGUGGACUGCCUGAGAGACCACAUUGACACAGUGAUGGAGUAUCUUAUCAACGUGACCACUGCUCCUGAGUUUCGGCCUUGGGAGGUGUCUGACCUCACCUCCAGGGUCAAGCUGGACAAGGCCAUCGCUGCCCAGUCACCACAGAUAGGUGUUGUUGAAAGUCUUCAUUAUGCUGCAUACAAAAAUGCGCUGGCCAACUCCCUGUAUUGUCCCGACCACAGGGAGGGCCAAGUUACCUCAGAACAGAUGCAUGCGUUUGUUGAGAACAACUUCACCAGUUCUAGGAUGGCUCUGGUUGGACUCGGAGUGGACCACACUAUCCUGAAGCAGGUCGGAGAACAGUUCCUCAACAUCCGCAGUGGAAUGGGAGCUCCUGGCUCCAAGGCUAGCUAUCGUGGAGGCGAGGUGAGGGUGCAGAGCACGAGUGGGAUGGUGCACGCGGCGGUGGUGAGCGAGGGGGCCAGCGCGGGCUCCCCUGACGCCCUGGCCUUCGCCCUGCUGCAGCAGGUGCUGGGAGCUGGACCCCACGUCAAGAGGGGCGCCAACACCUCCAACAAGCUCGUCCAGGCUGCAGCCAAGGCCACCGCACACCCCUAUGAUGUUUCUGCUUUCAAUGCCAGCUACUCGGACUCUGGACUCUUCGGAGUCUUUGCCAUAUCUCAGGCCGCUGACGCCGGGGCAGUGCUCAGGACAGCGUUGGCUCAGGUGGCCGCAACGGCAGAGGGAGGAGUGAGCGAUGCGGACCUGGCCCGUGCCAAGGCCCAGCUGAAGGCUCAGCAUCUGAUGUCCUUGGAGACCUCGGAGGGCCUGCUGGAGGCCAUCGGCUCACAGGCCCUGGCUGAGGGCGCCUACCACACCCCCGCCGCAGUGGCACAGAAGAUCGACGCAGUGACGUCCAGUGAUGUUGUCAAAGCGGCGAAAAAGUUUGUCGCUGGCAAGAAAUCCAUGGCUUCCAGUGGACACCUGGCAAACACACCUUUCGUGGAUGAAGUUUAAAUCUCUUCGCCUCUUCGCCCAUAUUCCCUAAUAUUUAUAAAACUGAAUGGCAAAGCUCAAUGUCGUUCAUCCCAUGUAAUAAAGACUUCAAGAAUGGUUUUAAAAUCCUACAGCCACAUUGUUCAAAAAUAAUUUCUGUCUUGUCUUUAAACUAAAUAACUGUAUUACUUCCAACAAUCAGUCCUCAUGGUUGUAUUAUUUUUUUAUGUGGACACAGGAGUGGAGUAGAGAGGAGUGGAGUGGAGAUGGGGAGUGGUGCUCAUUUAAAAUGUAUAGCUGGUGUAAAUGAAUAAAGACUCUACAAUUUAAA